UACAUUUCUUUCUUGUUUGAAGCCAGAGCGCUCUGACUCCGACUUGACCCUUCAUUGGCCCCGUCGUACUUUAUCACAUCCCAAACAAAAGUUCUCGUCCUUCUCGUCUCUCUCUCCGUCCCUCCCUCUCUUCCUGACGCUGGUCCUCUCCCUCCCUCUCUCUUUCCAUUUGUUUUCUGGGACUUUUGUCCUUUGGCUUCUUCAUCCGAUAAAAAAACAAGAUGUUGAUUUUCCUCAGAAUCCAAGCAAUAAUUUAUCCGACAGCUGAGAGCCUGAGACCCGCUUUUCUUUCUACCAGUAUGAGUAGGCCAACUACACGAAGUAAAAAUAAAAGACAAAGACAAGUGGAUGAUGGUGCUAGCACUUCUGAAAUAUGGAGGAAAAUUCAUGAAAAAGGUGCGGUAACUGAUGAUGAUAUAAAUCAACUUUAUAUGAUUUGGAAGCCGAUAUGUUCGAGCUGCCGUGUCAAUACCAGAGACAACCCUAACUGCUUUUGUGCAUUGGUUCCACCUCACAAUGGAGCCCGAAAAUCUGGCUUAUGGCAGAAGAUGUCAAGUAUUGUAGACAAUCUUGGUCCUGACCCAACCAAGGACCUUCGGGCAUCUGCUAAUUCACCUGCUGGUCUGACCAAUCUUGGGGCCACAUGCUAUGCCAAUAGCAUACUGCAGUGCUUAUACAUGAAUAAAUGUUUCCGGGAAGGCAUAUUUUCUGUGGAACCAGAUCUUUUGCAGCAGCAGCCAGUGUUAAAUCAACUGGUGCGGCUUUUUGUGCAGUUGCACAUUAGUAAAAGGGCUUUUGUGGAUUCCUUUCCAUUUGUGAAAACACUGGAGUUAGAUAAUGGAGUUCAGCAGGAUAGCCAUGAGUUUCUGACAUUGCUUUUGUCUUUGCUCGAGCAUUGUCUAACCCAUUCUAAAGUUCCUAAAGCAAGAACUGUGGUUCAAGAUCUUUUCCGGGGAAGUGUGUCUCAUGUGACAACCUGCUCACAAUGUGGAAGGGACUCUGAAGCAUCUUCUAAAAUGGAAGACUUCUAUGAGCUGGAGUUAAAUGUUAAGGGAUUUAAAAGUUUAGAUGAGAGCCUGAAUGAUUAUCUUGCUGUGGAGGAGCUUUGUGGAGAUAAUCAAUAUUUUUGUGCAUCAUGUAAAACAAGAGUUGAUGCUACUCGUAGCAUCAAGCUGCGCACAUUACCUGAUGUACUUAAUUUUCAACUUAAACGUUGUGUGUUCCUUCCAGAGACUACAAUGAGGAAGAAAAUUACUUCCACAUUUUCAUUUCCAGCUAAGCUUGACAUGCAGCCUAGAUUGUCUGAGCCAUCUCAGUCUGAAUUGAUAUAUGACUUGUCAGCUGUACUGAUUCACAAGGGAACUACUGUUAAUAGUGGCCAUUAUGUGGCUCACAUCAAGGAUGAGAAUGCUGGGCAAUGGUGGGAAUUUGAUGAUGAGCAUGUCACUAAAUUAGGCUGCCAUCCAUUUGGUGAUGGAUCUUCAAAUUCUACAGCAAAAUCUGUAAGGACUGAUCCCGUUCAUUCUGAUGCAUCUGAAGCAAGGAUAGCUGACAGUAAUGGAAAUGGUCUGGAUGCCCCUCACCCACAAUCUUCUCUUGUGGAGACAUAUUCAUCUAGUGAUGCAUACAUGCUGAUGUACAAUCUUAAGCAUACCAAAAAUGUAGUCAAAAGGGGGGAUGUGGUCAGCAGUGCUGAUUCUGUUGCUGCACGAGAUAGUUUUCCUCUUUUAUCUUAUCUUUUUGAUGAGAUUCAGAACCUUAAUGCUUCAUAUGUUGAUGAGUGUGCGCAGUACAAUCAUAAGAAAGAGUUGGAACUGAAUCGAAUCACUGAAAGGAGACAAGAAGUUCGAUCUGUUUUAGCUGAAGCUCCUGUUCAACCACUUGAGCAACCAUUUUAUUGGAUUUCUAGUGACUGGCUUCGCCAGUGGGCUGACAACAUUAUUCCAAGUACUCUUGACAAUACAUCCAUUCAAUGCUCGCAUGGGAAAGUUCCUGUAUCCAAGGUUACUUCAAUGAAGCGAUUGUCUGAUAAAGCAUGGGAUAGACUGUUUUUGAAGUAUGGUGGGGGGCCAACACUGGGCCAUAGUGAUUGCUGUUGGGAUUGUCUUAUUGAUGGAGCUCGCUCUGUGGUGUCAGCUGACACCUAUAGGGACCGGAGAGAAUCAAUGAAACACCUUGCACGGGAAAUUCUUGAUGGAAACUGUCCAGAUGGAAAGUAUUACAUAUCUAGACCAUGGCUGCAACAGUGGUGGAAAAGAAAAGUACUUGAUGCUCCAUCUGAAGCUGAUGCUGGACCGACAGCAUCAGUUAGUUGCCCACAUGGGCAACUUUUACCUGAGCAAGCUGCUGGUGCUAAGCGGGUUCUUGUUCCUGAGAGCUUUUGGCACUUCAUAUAUGAAGAUGCUCUUUCUGUAAAACCUGAUGAUCCUUUGGGUUGCCCAACAUUUCCUUCAGACACAAUGCCCUGUUCCGAAUGCAGCAAUGAAUUAUCUGAAGUAGCAUGCUUGGAGGACUCUUUAAGAUUAGUGAAGCAAGUGCAGCGUCAGAAUCAUGAAAAACUAUUACUGGCUAAAAGUAUGCCACUCUUGUUGCAUUGCAAAUAUUUCCUAGUGCCUUCUUCAUGGAUUUCAAAAUGGAGAAGUUACAUGAGUUCAUCUGUCAAGAAUUCAGACAAACCUGAAACUUUAGAUGGGAUAAUCAAUUCCCUUAUGUGUGAAAAGCACUCCCGCCUUGUGGAAAAGCCCCCUGAACUGGUUUUCAGACGUGGUGCUAUAGUCCAAAGAGAAUCUUCUGCAGGUGGUUUGACUAUGAUAUCUGAGAAUGAUUGGAAAUGCUUUUGUGAGGAAUGGGGGGGUACUGAGACAAAAGGUAUAUCAGCAGCGAUUGAGGAUAUCAGUGAUUCAGAGAAUAUUUUGACUGGAUUCAGCUCAGAGACACCAACAUGUGAGGAUCAGUUGAAUGAUAAAGUGCAUAAUGAUAGCGGGACAAGACAGCUGGUGAUUAAGACUUCUCCAGAGAUUUGUGAAAGUUGCAUUGGAGAAAGAGAAAGCUGUGAGCUAAUGCAGAAACUUAACUAUAGCAAUGAGAACAUAUCUGUGAUUCUUGUAAGGGGAAAGGAAGUUCCUAGAUCAAUAUUAGAGGCUUCAAAGGGCUCUGUUGAAGCAGAUCGACGUGUCUCCAAGCGCUCCCGGAAAUCUAAAAAUGGUACUUCGAUAAGUCUUAAAGUUUCUGCUUCAACAUCGUUGUACCAGCUAAAAAUGAUGAUAUGGGAGGCCUUUGGGGUUGUAAAGGAAAACCAGAUAUUACAGAAAGGUGACAGGACAAUUGAUAAUGAGGAUGAAUGUGCUACACUCGCUGAUGUAAACAUAUUUGCUGGAGAUCAGAUUAUAGUGAGGGACUCUGAGAUCCAUGAAAACCGAGAUAUUGCUGAUGAGAUUUGUGAUGAUAAAAUGGAAAUGCAGCGGAGUGAGGGAGGGUUUCGCGGAACACUUCUGACAGCAGACGUUUCAUCCCAGGUUGUUUGAGAAGCCAUCUUUUUAUGGAUCAAAAAACAAAAGAGAAGCCAUCUUUCUGUUUCAGUGGCUGAUGUAUCUCUGUAACAUGCUUUUCUUGGUGUAUAUAUUUAAGGAGGAAUCUACUUGCUGAGGAAAGAAUUAGUUUAGGACAAUACGUACAGGUAAAUCUACGUGCGCUGGCUUAAAUUGGGCUACCGUGCUGGCCUUAACGCUAGUUGCCCUCGAUGGCCUUGAUAAUGGCAAAUUUUGGGUUGCUUC